UCGGCACACACAAGCCCUAAAUUGAAAAAUCAAUCCACCUCUAUUGAAUUGAUCUUGAGAGAAACAUCCAUUUUCUUCACGACAACAUCAAACCGACAAAAUGGCACCAGCAAACACCGGCGCAAAGAAGCAAAAGAAGAAGUGGUCCAAGGGAAAGGUCAAGGACAAGGCUCAACACGCCGUCAUCCUCGAUAAGUCCACUUCCGACAGACUCGCCAAAGAUGUUCAAUCCUACCGUCUCGUCACCGUCGCUGUUUUGGUCGAUAGAUUAAAGAUCAACGGAUCUUUGGCCAGAAGAUGUUUGAAGGAAUUGGAGGAGAAGGGACAAAUCAAGAUUGUUGUCAAGCAUCACGCCGGUGAUAUCUACACCCGUGCUAUCCAAGCCGACGAGUAAAGAAAUCAAUAAUCGGAAAACUUCAAAACGAUCAAGGCAAUACACGAUGGUCAUGACCUCGUCUUCGAAAUAAUCGACCAAAAUUACGAUUAUGGAUUGUACGUGGACGUUUUGGCAUGAGAUAUCCGGAUGGGUUUUUACAUUAUGACUUUUCCUCGGGCUUGUUAGGAAAGGCAGGCAGGUGUAGCAUAUCGAAUUCAGCCUUUUGCUUAUUGAUGCCAAAU